GCUGUGACGGGGACAGAGACAGCAGAGACAUUAGAGAGGAGGGGACGCGCAUCGGCGGACUCAAGUGUGAGGAAGCUUUCAGAGCAGCGCGCACUGGGAACGACUUGAGACAUGGGGUGUAGGCUUCCUAAGUUGCGGAAGGCGGAAGAGAGGCGAAGCCCAGGCAAUAUCUACUCCACCCUUCGAAGGCCUCAGGUGGAGACUAAAGUGGGCGUGGCCUACACCUACCACUUCCUGGACUUCCUGUUGGGGAAAGAAGAGGUGCCGGUGUCAUCCGUGCUUUGUCUCUCCUCGGUCAGAGAGCUGCCGGUUCAGGUCAGGGAACUCUACGCGCAGGGUUUUGUCCUGGUCGCCGUCCACCCGUUUGUCCAUCCCUGCGGCCCUCGUCACGCACACAUCCAGCGCCAGCUCCACCGGGCCGUGUUGGUCCGAGAGACGCCAAGUUCAGAGAAAAGCCAACUGAGGUGGGGAAGAGAUCGUCUGGAGACAGAUGUGUGUGUGGCAGGUCACCAGUCUGCUGACCCGGAAGUGAUCCAGAGCUAUGUCAAGCGGAUCCAGGAUGUAGCAGAGCAAGGGGUGAUGUUUGUGGGCUUUCUGCAGCAGCCAGGUGGAGGACCCUGCUUCUUGGGCAACUGGGACCCUGAAGAGCUCUCCUCCUUACAUUCAAGCCCUUCACCCAUACACCGACACCCCUUCAGCGCCAGCACCAGCCCAACAGAUCCUACAGAACCGCACCAUAAUGACUUAGAACUGGACCGUCAACACUUUGAACCUCAAAAGCUAGAUCAUGAAGGCGCAGAACAUAACACACAGGACCACAAACCUUUAGUGCCAAGAGAACCGGACUUCAGUCCUAUGAAACCCAUCCAGAGUUUAGAGCUUAACCAAGAAGACUCCAGUGAAGAAAUGCAGACCUUACAGAUCAGCCUCCAAGAGUCACUUGACACAACAAACCAACCUCAAGAUCACAGCAAACCCAGUGUAGACACAGUUCAGUGGUGUCCAAAUCAAAACCCAGCAGAAGCCAAAGGGAACCAGCUGUGUCCCAGCCCUCCAGAAGCUGCAGGUAUAAUCAGACAGCAGAGGGGUCAACUACCAGACCCCAAAGACUCCACAGAGAAACAUUUUAACCGUCCCAACCAGAGAGAAAGACAAAGUUCAAGCUCCGACAGCUGGCUCAGCUCUCCAGAACUGGAUCGAAACCAUGAAAGAAAGUCCAGCUCUACCUGCGCAGAUGGACAAAGCAGAGUGACGACACACAACAACAACCAUAUCCGGCUCAGGAGUUCAGAGACAGAUAAGAAUUCAACUUCACCACCUGCGCAGGCUAGGAUGCAACUCUUUGCCUUGUACAACCACACAGGGGAGCUGAACACAUCUCUGAGGUUCUACUCACUCAGGGUACCAUUGAGAGUACAAAAGGAAGCAGGGCUAAUCACAGAAGUUGACACACACUGGCUUGACCACAUGACUCAGCAUUUCACCAGUGGCGCGCACCUCAUCGACGGGUUUUUCCAGCUUGAAGAUGAUAACGACAACGGGGUGUCAUCUGUGGACAGUGUGUUCAUCUUCCAGGGCUCUGCAGAGGAGACCACACACACCUCCUACGACGCUAUCGUGGUUGAGCAGUGGACCGUUGUUGAUGGUGUUGUGGUGAAGACAGACUACAUCCCCUUGCUCCAGUCUCUGGCUCCGUAUGGAUGGAGGCUUAUGUGUGUGUUACCCACACCGAUUGUCAAGACCAACAGUGAUGGGAGUUUGUCGACCAAGCAAAUCCUCUUCCUUCAGAGACCCAUUUUGCAGCGCAAGAGGAAAGACUUCAAGAUGCUGAACCUCAGGGGUCGCAGCAAGGCAAAGAAGAAAUCUACGGCAGAAUCGCAGGAGGAGAGAGAGAACAUGUCCCCUGUGAUGGAGACAGAGAUGGACAGGUUAAGAAGAAACACAGCAGAGGGGAGGAAGAGCAGGGACAGCGGAAGGAGCGAUGAGGCGAGCCCUCAGAAAGGUGGCGGGGAGAGCGAGGGGGAUGCGCGGCAUCAAAAGGGCUUCUCGUUCCUGCCGGGGAGCGGGGCGUCCGCCGAGGAGCAGGAAGAGGAAACCGACAUUGACGAGAUACCACUGUCCAAGCGGGAGAAGUCGGUGAGAUGGACAGAUGUGUGCGAGGGAGAGGAUGUAGGAGGGGUCAAGGAGGAGGUGAAGAAGGAAGAGCGGAUCAAACAGCAGCUGUUUUCUGGCGUCUGUUGA